AUUGAAAGAAUUGGUGGUAUUUGGAUGUAAUCAAGUGCAGAUACUUGCUUUAGAACUUCUGAGUUAUUAGAGAAAAUGCAGAGAGAACCAACUUGAAAACCAGAAUCAAUGCCCUCUAUUCUUGAUCAGUAAGUCUAGAAGAACUAAUAGUGGAGAGGAAUGAGAGCAUGAAGGAGAUAUGGCAUGGUGAUGAUGUGAAGGAUGGCAUUCUUUUCACCAAACUUGAGUCUUUGCAACCUAAAGUUCUUCCAAAACUAGAAAGCUUCUGCUCAGGAAAUUGCAACUUUGAAUUUCCAUCUUUGGCAAAUGUAAUUGUGAUGGAAUGUCCAAAUAUGCUGACUUUCUUUGAGGGAGAAGAAGGUGGCCUUAACCCCACAAUACAACAGUUGUUCACAAAAAAGAGUGGUGAUGACGCUGAAGAAGACUGGUUUGAUGCUUUGGAUAAUUUGUUCGAUUAGGAUGAUGUUUCAGAAGAAGCUCGAAGGCUAGAACAGUGGGUUUAUUUGUACUUCCCUCAAUUGUACAGCCCAACUUCUUCACCUUUUCCGGCCUUCCCUUCUUCCUCCGGCGCCGGCUUCUGGUUUUCGGCUCCAAUCUGGGAAAAAAAGGUGGUGCAGAGGAAUGUUACGUUUGUUUUCCCCUUUUUUCUCUAAUAUUGUUAUCUCACAAUUCCUGUUCUGGGUGUGUUUAGCUAAUGUAUGGUGUCGUUGAAUUGAACUGUUAGAAUGCCCCUUGGUUAGCUGAGCUUUAAAAGAUGUUAAAAAUUAACAUGGAGGAAGUGAUCCUUCUUGUUGGUUUAUUCUCUUCUUAUGGAAAUAGAUUUUGGUUUGAUCACCAUCAAAAUUUAUUAGUCUUGUAAUUCUUCUUUGUUUUAUAUAUAUAUAUAUAUACAUAUAUAUAUAUAUAAAAUGAAUAUGGUGAUGUCUG